UAUAAUAUUACGACGAUACAUGUUCCUUCCACUGAAACAAUAGGAAUUGAACGCGCAACUGCUAUAAAUAAGUUAAAUUAAUAGAAAUAAUUAAUAAAAACUAAUAAAAUAAUUUCUUCGGCAUACCCGUCCAGUGGUUACGGGGAUGUAUUAGCUGUUUUUUUCAACGGGUCUCCCUGACUGAACUAAUUUAUAUUACUAUUAAAAUUAGUUCUCUAGGUUGCCUUCAAAAGUUUCAUAAAUUAGCCUUAAAAAAUAUUUGCACACCGAAGCAGUCGAUCAAUUUUCCAGCAGUAAUUCUAUAUACGCGAAGAUGGUCAAACAUUUCCCCACCCCCUCCCGUUCGGUACCUUGCCGAUAAUUAUAGAUCUUUCCUACGCCAACGGUUGAAUGAAGUAGGCUUUAAUAGCCCUUGAUUGGAUGAGUUGAACAGUAUUGUACUCGAUGGAGAUAUCUCGUAUAAAAAGGUUAUUGCAUGUAAUUCCUGUAUCUACCUCGUUUCAAGCUAGGAGUCAACGGAAUGUAAUACUGCAUUGAUAAACAGAUGGUUUCAAUGCGAAAUUUUUAUACGACGAAUAAAGUUAAAGGUAAUGGAAAGGGACUAUGAGCAGUGAUUUUUCGCUCGACACCUGCUCGGCGCAGAAAACUAAAAGGACACUCUAAAAACAACCGAAAACAAACAAGGAGACAAUCAUGCAGGAAUGUCCAACUUUAAAAAACGGAAAUAUUUAUCCCUGGAAUUCAACAGGACCGCACUGAAAACAUUCUUAUCUUAUACGCCGUAUACUUUCGACCAUAUCACCUAUUAAAAAUGUUUGCAUUUUGCAAAAGAAAACAAUUCUACCGUUCGCGCUGCACGUAAAUUUUUAUCGCUCGCCAUCUUCUGUUCAAUGUCUUCUUUGCCCACACAUGCAUCAAUAAAGAACAGUCGAAAAUCGAUCUAAACCCAAAGUCAUAUUGUUUUGAUUGUAUUGGUUUACCAAAAAGCCCAAACUGUUCUUCGUAAUACGAUUUGCCCGGUGGGAAUUCUUAAGUAACAAUUUUGUUUAUAUUAGAUCGCCGUAAUAAUGUAAACGUUUAUGGCUCUUGGCAUCCCGUAAGGAUCAUCCAUUGUUGAUACAGUGUCAUCACGCGGAGAAGUGGAAGAUCCGAAUCAAAAUAAUUUUGUUUAUACUAGAUACUCCCGCUACAGUCUACGUAGUGAUCGUAUAUCGAAGGAUUUUAGUGAUUUUACAUGAUCGGAUGGUCUGAUUUUGCAUUAUAGUUCUUUAUCAAAUUUCAGCUGUCUUCAGAUGUGAAGUAACCUAAACUAUAAACUUUUAUUAUUUAUCCCCGAGAGGUCGAGUCGAGCGAGGCUUAUCACUAUCGAUCCAGUGUCAUUGCAUUAAUUCGUCUGCGUGCAGACGACUAUAUGAUCCAUGCAGUUGUAUGAGACCCGUUUUGCUUUAAUGGAGCUUUAAGUGAAAAUUAAAUAACACUCCCAUACCUGAACUGUCUAAGCAUUACUUUAAUUCAUCUUAAAGGGUUCUAUAAACUGUUCUCCCUUCAGGGCCACCGCAUAUUCAAAAUUCUGCAUGUUAAGGCAACUAGAAACAGCAUGUAGGAUUCCGUACGCUGAUUAAAAUCAGGGAAUGAUUCCAAUUUUAAUUGCGUUCUUGAGAAAAAAUCCGCAAGCUUGGAAAAAAACCUCCUUUUUUACACCCUGCGAAGAUCGAACGGACCGACAUUAGGCUGAUGACCGUGGACAAAAUUUUUGCUCCUUGUCGGAAGACUGUUGGUUAAAAUAUCAAUCGAACGACACCGUAAAGUGGAUUUUGUUUUCAAGUUUUGUGUGGUCGUGUUGACGCUCAGUCUUAAUAUAUAAAUUAUAUGCAAAUUAGGUUACCGAAAAUUUAUGCGAUGCUCAAAUGGGAAAACGCAAUCUGGAAGUUGUCAAUACUCCUAAUUAGGCAAUUCAAAUAUGUCAACGUUUAUAGCUUCAAAAUGAUCGACGUUUUAAAGUCCUUUUUUUUAAUUCGUUGCGUAAAACAGUACCUACAUUUUGGCAUUAACACAAAUGCGUGUCGCCCCUGAGAAUAAAUAAUUUCCACAUCUUAUCUUAUAAAAAUAACAUAGCGUAAUCAGGGCAGCGAAACACAUAAUAUUAUCUUAAUUCAAUCCGAGACAUUUAGGAAACGCUUGUCACUGCUUUUCAAGUACGCAGAACAGGUGCAACGGACUUUAUAGGUUGUCGUUAAACUCGACUUGCACGUCUCCGAAGGCAAAUGCUUCGGGUUUCGCCAGCUUAAUCGACACAACCGAACAUGGCGAACACACGGGCAUGCAAUUCGACCGCAAUUCUAAACAACUCAAGCCUCGGCAACAUCGUGAAUGCACAAAAUUCAACCAGGAGGGAAAAUGCCUUCCAAUUCGGUGGUGCACUCGAAGACAACCGCUUGAUGAGCGGCCUGUUUAUUUUUAUAGCCGUACUUUCGUUCGUUGGCAACUUACUCGUCUUGGUGCUGUUUCUGCACAAUAAAAAGUGGCUGAAAAGGACGUACGGGCGACUCGUGUUCGCGUUGGCUCUCGUGGACCUUUUAACGGCCGUUUGUCUGUUUGCGACACCGUUAGCCGUUCAUCACGAGAAGCGCAUGGAAAGACCAACAAGUGCGAUAGCAAGGGAAAUGUAUUGUCGGCUACUCUGGUCGCAUUACGUGCUCUUCUCGUUCGGCAUUACCUCAGUGUACACUUGCCUGGUGCUGACGACCGAGCGCUGGAUCGCGGUCACAAAACCGCUAUACAUUCGAAAGUACAAGCCAUCGCGACGGACGUGUUUCGCCUGCCUCGCGCUGCCGUGGUUGGCGGGUUUUUUGCUCGAGGCGAACGUCGUGAAAGAAACGCGCACCGCGAAUUUCGACGACGGCACGUUCUCGUGCGAGUGGAGAGCUCAGGAACACGCCGGUAAAACAACCCCGGCACUUCUAGCCGUGGUAUCAUUUCUCGGCGCAAUGCUUAUACCUCUCUUGAUUAUAACCGUAAUGUACGCCCAUAUCUUGGUGACCCUAAAAAAACAAAACUUGAAGCGAAAGAAUUCGUUCAUAGCGGAAAGCGUUCGUCCCACGUCCACCUUCUACAAACUGGCUUUGAGGCGUGCCACCAAAAUGGCUGCGUGCGCAACCUUCGCGGUGGUCAUCUGCUGGCUACCAUGUCAGGCGUACUCGUUGGCAGCACAGUUGGGUUUCGCCCCUACGGAGACAACACUACACCAGGUCUUAAACCUGUUAGCAUUCUUCAAUUCCUGCUUAAAUCCCGCUUUGUAUGCGUUCACGAACGGCGUGUUCAGGAAGAAAUUUUCAGAGGUGUUUACAAGACUGUCUUGCCAUAGUGAUAACCCUCCAGCCAACAAUCUACCUUCGGCUCUUGUAUAAAAAUGCCCAGCAACUGUUUUGACAACUAUAUUGACAUUCUCUCGUG